UUCCUCCGUGCAGCUUGACGGUGCGCGUCUCGCCGCCGCGGCCGCCUGGACGUCCACACGGAGCGGCUCUGCGCAGCGGGGGCUCCGCCACACAGCAGCCGGCAUGAGGAGCGCGUCGCUGCCUUUCUGUGCGGCUCCGGUGCUUCGACCACACGCGACCCGAGUUUACCGGCGAGAGGACGCCCCGCAGACGGGGUGCGCGUGAGGGAGUGCGCGCCGAGGAGAGUCUGGAGGAAGUGAACGCGCACGCUGCUUUUUGGAGACACUUUUGCUCGUCGCUCGGCUCGGCCGGUCGUCUCUUUGUGCUGCAGCUUUCCCCCGUUUGGAGAGAAAGGUGAGACAUUCCUGCAUGGCAUUCUGGGUAAAAAAAACAUGUCUGUCCGUGUGUGAGCUCACCGGCUGCUUUGGAGCGAAAACUACGGAACCAAACAUCUGCUGCCUUGGGCCUCCAAGAUAGAUUCCCUCAGGAGUAAAGUGGACUUGCUGCGCCUCCCUCUGGCCCUCUCCACCAAGUCCAUCAGCAGCCGUAAGAGCCAGCUGGGCGUGGUCUGGGAGAAAGGCGGCGGCGGCUCGGGGGCAGGAGGGGCCCGGAAACCCCGCCCACCGCCGGCCUCCGACAUGGACAACGAGUCCACGUACUCGGGCUACUCCUACAAGUCGUCCCACUCGAGAAGCUCCCGCAAACACAGGGAGAGGAAGGACCGGCAUCGGGCGAAGAGUCGUGACAGCAGCGUCCGUGGAGACAAGUCGGUGACCAUCCAGGCUCCCGGAGAGCCGCUGCUGGACGCCGAGUCCACCAGAGGAGACGAGAGGGAUGACAACUGGGGCGAGACCACCACGGUGGUCACCGGCACCUCCGUGGACAGCGCCUCCAACGAGGACCUGACCCGGCUGUCGAAGGACCUCGAGGAUUCCUCGCCGCCGGAGUGCCGGCGGUACCUCAGCCCGGCGUUGGGCGCCGUCCUGAGCCUCUUCGCGCUGGUCACGCCGCUGGCCUUCUUGGCGCUCCCGCAGCUCCUCUGGCGCGACACGCUGGAGCCGUGCGGCACGCCGUGCGAGGGCCUCUACAUCUCCCUGGCCUUCAAGCUCCUGAUCCUCCUCAUCUCCACCUGGGCGCUGUUCCUGCGCCCGCCCAGAGCCACGCUGCCGCGCUUCUUCGUCUUCCGCUGCCUGCUGCUGGCGCUGGUCUUCCUCUUCGUGGCGUCCUAUUGGCUCUUCUACGGCGUGCGGGUGCUGGAGCCCCGGGAGACGGACUACCGGGGGAUCGUGGGGUACGCGGCGUCGCUGGUGGACGCGCUGCUGUUCAUUCAGUACCUGGCCCUGGUGCUGCUGGAGGUCCGGCACCUGCAGCCCGCGUUCUGCCUGAAGGUCGUGAGGACCACAGACGGAGCGAGCCGCUUCUACAACGUGGGACACCUCAGCAUCCAGCGGGCGUCCGUUUGGGUUCUGGACCAGUACUACAGCGACUUCCCGGUCUACAACCCGGCCCUGCUCAACCUGCCCAAGUCCAUCCUCUCCAAGAAGAUGUCUGCCUUCAAGGUCUACAACCUGGGGGAAGAGAACAGCAUCAAUAACUCUACGGGGCAAUCCAGAACGAUGAUCGCGGCCGCCGCUCGGAGAAGAGACAACUCCCACAACGAGUACUACUACGAGGAGGCGGAGGUGGAGCGCAGGGUCCGCAAGCGCAAGGCCCGACUGGUGGUGGCGGUGGAAGAAGCCUUCACGCACAUCAAGCGGCACCAGGAAGAAGAGGGGACGGCGUCCUCCCCCAAACACCCGCGGGAGGUGAUGGACCCCAGGGAGGCGGCCCAGGCCAUCUUCGCCCCCAUGGCGAGGGCCAUGCAGAAGUACCUGCGCGCCACCAGGCAGCAGUCCUACCACAGCAUGGAGAGCAUCAUCAACCACCUGCAGUUCUGCGUCACGCACAACAUGACCCCGAAGGCGUUCCUCGAGCGUUACCUCAGCCCCGGUCCCACCCUCCAGUACCUGGACACCAGCAGGGGGCGCCAGUGGACGCUAGUGAGCGAGGAGCCGGUGACCACCGCUCUGCGCCAAGGCCAAGUCUUUUCCUUGAGACGCCUGGACUUCUCCCUGGUCGUCACGGUGACGCCCCUCCCCUUCUUGCGCCUGGGCGAGGAGUUCAUUGACCCCAAGCGGCACAAGUUUGUCAUGAAGCUCCAGUCGGAGACGUCUGUGUAGCAGAGCCGUGACUCAACUAAUCUUAGUGCUUUUCAGGGUAUUUUUUUUACUCCAUUUUUCAUGAUUUCUAUUUGUUGAUGAGCGAAACACCCGAAUGACACGGCUGGAAAAAGACAACGCGGAUGUCUGACCUUUAUGUUUCUUCCUCAAACAGUUUCCAGGGUUCUUGGUAUUGGUUCUGUUUCUUAGUCCAACGCGCAUUAAGUGCAGCGCAUUGUUCUGACAGAUCUUUGGUUCUGGAGUGACCGUCUGGGUCUGAGCCACGUUUGUAAAAGACGCGUCCGCCACGUAUUCAAGAGAAUAAACAUGACCUUUUAUUGACUCAGACUCGAGAGGCUUUCGCUUUAGCUCACUCUUUUUUUUUUUCAGAGCUCCUCCUUCUUCUCUUCCCCCUUUUUCUUUUAAAUUAGUUUUUUUUUUUUUACGAAUUCGGCCUUCGUAGGCUGCAGACGUGAGCGGUCAGGAACUCCAGGUCUCCCGGUCCGUUCUCGCUGACACGGCUUUCUGGAAAGUGGACGUGUGCAGUUACUGAGAGUAAGAAACACUGGAUGGACUGCAGCGCUUCACAAGGGCUUUGUUUUGUAUCAUUUCUUGCUCUGGGUUUUGUUGAAUCUCCCUCAUUCCUGGAGAACCUACAGAUAUGCACUCCUGCACUGAGAGAAUAUAACUGUGUGAGCACUCUGCAGGUCCGGUUCAGGUCCAGUACACUCGAGGGGGAUGUGGUCGCCUCUACAUACGAGGACAGACAGCCAAGUAUCGCCGAUGUGCUUCUUUUUUCAUUUAGGCAGCUGAAUGUUUAUUACUGUCUUUUUAUAUUUUGCAGUGUGUGUGAAUAUGUGUGUGUGUGUGUGUGUGUGUGGUUGAGCAACCAGACAAAGUGGGCAGAAGUCAUUUUUAUUUAAUUAAAAAGUUUUGUAUUUUGGAAUUUUAAACCCGCUAAAGUGCGACAUAACCUCUAAAGAGUCGUCCGUCAUCACUGAACCCCGGUGACCCCGUUUGUCAAAAUCUAAGUUUAAUACUUUUUUAAUAAAAAAAAGAUGCCACCGAUUUUUUACCAUUGCACUCGAUAAGUGGCGGACUGGAACCAGCGAUAUGCCUUUCACUCUCUUUUUAUUCCAAAUAUUCUUCUUCCUGGUGGCGCCUACACUACCCACAAUGCAACACAACCGCCACGUCUCGAUGCAUCUCAAUGUAUCCUCGCUGUACACGGACCACUCUUUUUUUUUUUUUAAUCGAUUAAUACCAGCAGUUAGAUAAAUCUGAACUCUUUUUUUAUUUAGAAUCAUUUCUCUUUGGUGCUUUUACGUAAAAAAAAUAUGUAACAAGUCUUUUUAAAUCUAAACACUUGCAGAUUGAUUGUCUGAUUAAUAGACUAAUUUUUCUAGUCCUAGUACUAGUUUGUGCUGUAUACUGUAUAUUCGGGGCCUCGUGUCACUCGGAGGUCUUUUUCUAGAUCGUCGUGCCGCUCACGAGCAGUUUACGUUUUCUACGGUUGUUUCCUGUUUUUUUUUAUGGAUCACUUUGUUGUACUUGAUAUAAGCUCCUAACACUGGUUCUUGAUGAACGUUGUCUUUUGAAAGCAAGAUUUGUAUUUACUGUUGCGCUGUGUGUGUUUUUUUUUUUUUUUUUUACACCGAGUUGAUGUAAAAGGUUUUUAAUAAAUGAUCUCACCCAAAGUU